GGAUCCCUGCUAAAUAUAGCUGUUUCUCUCUCUGUCUUACAACACAGGCUCCAGUAUAUAAAUCGGGCAAAUUCCCCAUUUGAGCAUGAACCUCUGAAAACUGCAGGCAUCUAAGGUCUCCUCCAAGGCCCUCUGGAGUCCAGCCCAUAAUGAAGGUCUUGGCGGCAGGAGUUGUGCCCCUGCUGCUGGUUCUGCACUGGAAACACGGAGCAGGGAGCCCCCUUCCCAUCACCCCUGUCAACGCCACCUGUGCCACACGCCACCCAUGUCACAGCAACCUCAUGAACCAGAUCAAGAACCAGCUGGCGCAGCUCAACAGCAGUGCCAAAGCCCUCUUUAUUCUCUACUACACAGCCCAGGGGGAGCCGUUCCCCAACAACCUGGACAAGCUGUGCAGCCCCAAUGUGACCGACUUCCCGCCCUUCCACGCCAAUGGCACGGAGAGGGCCCGGCUGGUGGAGCUGUACCGCAUCAUCGCGUACCUGGGCGCCUCCCUGGGCAACAUCACGCGGGACCAGACGGUCCUCAAUCCCAGCGCCCACAGCCUGCACAGCAAGCUGAACGCCACGGCGGAUGUCAUGCGGGGCCUCCUCAGCAACGUGCUCUGCCGCCUGUGCAGCAAGUACCACGUGGCACGUGUGGACGUGGCCUACGGCCCAGACACCUCAGGCAAGGACGUCUUCCAGAGGAAGAAGCUCGGCUGUCAGCUCCUGGGGAAGUAUCAGCAGGUCAUGGCCGCGGUGGCCCAGGCCUUCUAGACAGGAGGUCUCACAGUGCACAGUGACCUGAGAUCUUAGACUUAGGUGGCUCUCAAACUGUGGCCGGGGCCCAGAGCAGUGCCAAAGCCAAGUGGGGGCUGCUCGCAGACCCCGAGGGCUUCCUGGCCAGUCUAUUCCCCUCCAGGGUGGGCUGUGAUGAAGCCAAGCAGAGCCAAAGCUCCCAGAGGGAGAACCUACAUAUGGCACCGACUAGAGGAAGGCGCCCCUUCUUCUGGGAUACUGCAGCCAGGCACCCGGUGUCAGGCUGGAUUUCGGCCCCUUCUCGUCCCCUCAGCCAGGGUCUUUGUGAGCAAACCACACAAGUUGCCUCCAGCGACCCUGACCACGGGGCAAGGCAGCAGGGGUCAGGGGCAUUGCCUGGCCCCCAACAGAAUGACGACUAUCAGUGCCUUCGCUGCCCCUUCGGUAGACCUCGAAAGGUCUGGUUGGACCUCAGGCAGCCCAGAGGGGCUGGGAUCCUGAAGGAUCCUUGGCGCCUACAAGUAUGGUGAGUGGAAGGCUAGAAAGGGAACUCUGGUUUGAGAUGCUGCCUUGUCUUGGGCGUGAUUGGAGAGCUCAGGCCUAGGACUGUCAGGUGGAAGGUUCCAGAAGGAUGUCGCUGGCCUUCAGCCUCCUGGGGAGGCAGAGAGGCCACCUUCAGGCCUGGGAAGGAAGACAGGCCCUUGAAAGUCUUGACGGGCCCUUCUUCCUUGAGCCCGCAGUCUGUCCUGCUGUCCCGGUGGCUGGGGUCUGGUGGCUGGACCUGGAGGUGGGGUGUGGGGAGGUGGGCGGGUUGUAAAGUCAGGUGAGGGGGUUCUGAGGGGACCCAGAGUCUUGUGGGCAAGGGUCUGUAAGGGAGGGGUGGAUGCAGUAGUUCAGAGUGGCAGCUCACAUCUGAGGCCCACAGAGGCCCCGUGAGGUCACACAAAGGUACUUGAGGGGCGCCAGAGGCCAUCGCUGGACCCCGGAGCAAGGGGACAGCAGAAGUUGAGGUCAGGGUCUCAGGAAGCCUGAGAUCCAAGGGUGCUGUGUGUCUGACCCAGCAUGAUUGUCUAUUUAUUUUGAUGCCCUAUUUAUAUUAACUUAUUGGUGCUUUAAAUAGC